ACCAUUACUCUGGUCAUUUGCUCUUACAGGUACAAUCAUGAUGGCUCAGAAACUACAGAAGAUACCAUAGUUCUCAUUGCAACAGACGGCAUUAAUUCAGUCAGUUUUGUUCUGCCUGUAAAGGUAACGCCCAUAAAUGAUGAGCUCCCAGUGAUGGCUACUACUUUGAAACCAGUUCUCAGGUGUCCAGAAGGAGAAGAAAUAAUCAUCACUUCAGAGUACAUCUUUGCCACUGAUGCUGAUAGUGACAACAGCAGCCUUGGGUUUCUUAUUGCCCGGCAGCCUUACCAUGGGGUGGUUCUGCGAAACGCUGUUGUUGUAGAUCGAUUCGUCCAAUCAGACAUCACAGCAGGCCUCAUCGCUUACAGACACACAGGAUUGGAGAUUGGAGUAUCUCCUCUACAUGACACCAUCACAUUUGUCAUUUCUGAUGAAGAAAUAAAAACAUCAGCUUUAUGCUGCAGUGGGGAAACUCCCACCAGGAACAAAGGCAGCACCCAGCGACGGGACAGUCUUCCUGUCUACGACCUCCACAUCACAGUGUUUCCUGUUGACAGUCAGCCUCCUUCCUUGGCAACAGGUGACAUUUUUACAGUGGAUGAAGGUGGGACUUCCCUUAUAACUGCUGCUCAUUUGAAGGUCUCUGACAUGGACACAGUCCUAGACAAGCUUGUUGUCAGGCUGAUUUCUCCUCCCCAGUUUGGUUACAUAGAAAAUGUCCUCCCUAGUCCUGGCUUUGAGAAAAGCAACACAGGCAUAAGCACAGCUUCUUUUCUCUACAAGGACAUCACUGAGGGUCAUAUAAACUAUGUACAGUCCAGACACCAGAAGAUGGAGCCCACAGCUGACCAGCUCAUGCUUUGUGUCUCAGAUGGCAAGCAUAAUUCUGCUAACAUCCCUUUCUAUAUAAUAAUUAACCCAACAAAUGAUGAAAUCCCAGAAUUUGUAGCACACAAUAUCACAGUACAAGAGGGAGAAAUGAAGCACCUGGACUCAUCAGUGUUCCAUGCAAUGGACCUGGACAUCCCCGAGAAUGCCCUGCUUUUCUCUGUGGUCAGACCUCCUCGCCAUGGCAGCGUCAUCUGUCACAGGACUGGAAACCCAAUCUCUAAGAGACAGGAACCCAACCUAUGGUUUCCUGUGGUUGACUUUACUAUGACAGAUGUUAAAAAUGGUUUGGAUCUAGUGUAUCUGCAUGACGACAGUGAAACCAUGAAAGACAGUUUUAUAAUUCAGCUGACUGAUGGCAAACAUAAGCUCCAAAGACAAGUGAUGGUUGAAGUGGUGCCAGUGAAUGACGAAGAGCCUCAUGUGUUCAGGAACAAUGGACUGGAGGUGGAACCAGGAGAAGCCAAAGUUAUAUCCAGCAUUACAUUGUUUGCAAAGGACAAAGAUACACCCUCCACAGAAAUCAUGUACAUUUUUGAGCAUGUUCCAACCCAAGGAAUACUUCAACUUCAGGAAGCCAGUAAGUGGGUGACACUUACACCUGGGAGGAGAUGUACCCAGGACAUGGUGGACAUGAACCUGCUACGUUACAAACACACUGGCCAUCAUGCUAUUAAAACACAGGACUUCUUUGUUUUCCACCUGAUGGAUGGAAAGAAUCAAUCACCAUCACAGCGCUUUCAGAUUUUUGUCAAAGAGCUGGAGAAAGGUGAUGGAAUUUAGUCUUACAUUCUUGACAUGGAUUGAGAUGAAAUUCGUUUCUAUUGAUAUUCCUCUGGCUGCCAGUAUACAUGAGCAUCGCAGCUACAAUAGUGUUUAAGAAGUCAUCCUAGAAGGAAAUGUCAUGAUAAUUACGAUACAUUUUAUGGUAUGCAGUUCGUUUAUUCAACUGGACAGGCAGAAGAGCUAUGCAGACCAGAGUCAUAUUAACUAUCAUCAAAUGGUCACAGUCAU